AUGGAUUAUAUCUAUGACAUACGUCCCAACCGGGACCUCCCGUACACCAACCUGAUCGCGCAGUAUACUGCAGCCGACCACGCUGCUAGCUUCCGCGAGCCAGAGAACCCAUCGCAGAAGAGCGGUUCCGGCACCCGCGAGCCAACAUCUGAAGAGCAAUCUAUAGAGCAGUAUAUCAAGUCUCGCUUCGGAUCAUUUGGAUCCGUUAGCCACAGCUUCCGCCGAGGCUCACCCGGCGAAUACUACUAUGCGGUCCACUACCGAAAGGACCGUGGAAGCCUUGAGCAUGGCCUCGGUCGCAACGACGAGGAGUUUUACGAAUGCGCAAAGUACAACACCUUGCGCCACCCCCGCGCGGCCGGGUGCAACAACCCAGAGUACGGCCUCAACAAGCCUGGCGAUCUUUCCGAGCCCGACAAGCGAAUGCUUGAGCUUAAUGGCUACCCCUAUAUCGACAGCGGCACCAUCAUGAGGGCGAGCACCCCUAAUGCCCAAAAGCACAAGCAACCUCCGGCGCUCACCCGCGUGUUUCAGGACCGCGAGCUAUGCACCAAGAUCUUGGAAGAAGUUGCGCACCGCUGGGGCGACCUGCGCAAUCUGAGCCGUACGUGCCAGCUGAUCAUGUCGGCCAUCCACCAGAUUCCGAGUCGUGCCGACCUGACCAGCGGAGAUUUCCGGGGCCUGGACCUCACCGACGAGGAAAUCGCCCGUCGCAACGCGACCAUCGGCUACGAAUACAUGUCCAUGCCGCGCAUCCCGCAAUUUGUGCUCGUGUCCAAGAUGCGGCCCUAUCCAAGCUGGGUCUUCCCCGAGAUAACGUCUGACGAUGCCGUCGCGAACAUCUACAAGAUUGCUAACAAAGGCCCCUUGCCCAAACCAGCAAACUGCAUCCACGCCCGCGGCCCCUACAUCCGCAUCCUGCACCUACACAGCGUGGCCUACCUCGACCUCCCACUGCUCGCAAAACUACUCCCAUACCUGAGCGACCUCAAAGUCCUCGGCGUGCACAACUGCGAGCUGCUGCACUUCGGGCAGACGGUGCCGCUCCUGCAGCUCGUCAUCGCGCACAACGACGAGGUCCAGAAGUACGGGUGCGAGCGCGUCCGCGUCGACUUCACGCCCAAGUACUAUCCGGGACCUUUCUACAAGGCCGCGGGACGCAAGGGCGAGUUUGGCGUCGUGCCGUCGGAUGGCGGAGCGAUCCCGACGAUGCGAGGCGUCGUGGCGGUCCUGCGCACCGCGGUGCCGCUUGCGCUCGAGAACGGAGUCGACUGGUUCACCCCGGGCGCGGGGAUGCGCGAGUUUCUGGAGAGGCUUCCGUUCGCGCUGGGAACGCUGCGAUAUAUCCUCGAGGCGCUGUUCAACCUCUACUACUACGAGAAAGGCGUCCACUCCCCGCACGCUGCUGCUGGUUAUGGUGGCAGUGGUAGCGGCAAUGUAUUCAGCAACAAGAGCUACAGCCUGCAGGAGAGAAUAUCCACAUACAUGACCCGCACGCUGGCCAACGACCUGAUCAUCGCCGUCGAAGGGCGCCCCAUGCUGCGCAACAUCAUCGCCGACCUCGCAACGAUCAUGCAAUGCGCGUCCUGCCGCGCGCACCUACCCGCCUACUUCUUCACGACCACGUUCUCAGCCAGCCGCAAGCCCAACGCCCAGCUGAAGUGCCACGGCUGCCAACUCCGCUCCUUCCUCAACGGCCAACUUGACAACUUCUUCCAAGAAAAGAAAGACCUCGCCACCCUCAUGUUCACGUGCGCCUCCCUCGACGAGCUCCUGACCGCGCAGCGCACCGUGCCCGUGUCCCAGGUGCAGGACGCGCGGUUCCCCUUCUGGGACGUGUCCGUGAUGACCGCGGACGAGGUCCUCGCCAUCUACCCGCAGCACCGCGCGAACGCGAUGUUCUUCGUGCUGGACGGGCGGCCCGCGCUGUUCCACCGGCCCGAGGCGCGGGACACGUGGAUAUGGAAGGAGAGAAUGGGCAGAGCGAAGAGUCAAGCGCGCCGCUGCAUCGAGAACGGGGUCAAGGCGGCAAGGGCCGAGAUUGAGCAGUGCGAGCGUGAUAUCGGGACGCUCGAGGCGCGGUACUACGACCGCGAGGCCCGCCAUGACGAGAUGGGGCUCACGGCGAUUCGCGACCAGAUAGCCCGCCUGGAACGGCAGAUCCGCCUCGCCCGUGCCAGAUGUGGGAUGGAGCAGAUGCUCGUGGAGAAUGGCCUGACGACAGCGGCGAAUUGGGACGUGGAAGUGGAGCACUACCGACAGCAGAGCCGAAUGUAUGCCGGUCUCCCCUGGACCAGGGGCCCUCGCGACAAAUGGGGAGCCCAACCGGAUACUAUCUCGAGUAGUAUCUGGUAAAAGACUACGACAGUACCUACCCAAUCGAUUGUUUAAUCUGGAAGCCAUGGCCGAGCUUAUAGCAAGCCUGACGUUGCAGUUCUUAUGACGAACGAUACACAUCUCGCGACUUUCGCAAACGGGUUCUCUUUUGCCCUGACAUGAACUCGCUAAUAACACCUUGCUGACACUCCCUACUCAGUAGAGAUGUAUGUCUCAGCAGGCGGUGAGAAUGACUUGGGAAUGACUUGGGAAUGAGCAGAGAAUUAACUUGACACAAGAAAAUGAGGGAAGGAUUAAUUGGUGACAUGGGGACAUGGGGACACGAAUGAUAUGGUAAUAUGGUGGUGCUAUGG